GCUUCCAUGAGGCGACGUGUAAACCACCAUCUCCCGUGACAAUCGCCAACAUGGCGCCACUCGUGGAUAAUGCGCAGGUCAAGUCUGCCUCGCUUCACAACCCGCUGCCUCUGGCACUGCAUACCUACAUUUGGCCCUUCCUGAUCGUCUGGCCCGUCUUCUUCGCCUUCUACCUGUCCGAGGAGCGCUAUGAGAAACACUUCGGCGCUCAGGAAUGGACCUUCGUCUGGUCUGGUAGUAUUGUCACUAUUCAGUCCCUCUUCUGGCUUUCCACUUUCUGGAACAUCAAUAUCCGCUCCCUCUUUACCACAACCCCCGCCUCCGAUGUGCGCAGUGCUGGUUUGAUCAAGGUCCUCCCUGCUGAAAAUGCUGGCUCCGCCGACAUCUGCCCGAUCGAGCGCGAAACCGUCGACGGCAAGACCAACGUCUCCUUCCUCUUUCAAAAGCGCCGCUUCCUGUACUCUCAGGAGACCGGUACCUUUGCACCUCUCUCAUACCCUCUGGACCAGGAAAUCAAGCCUACCAUUGGAGAAUUCCAGAAGUCAAAGGGUCUCACUACCGCACAAGAAGUCGCUCGUCUCCAGCAAUACUAUGGCCCCAACACCUUUGAUAUCCCUGUUCCCUCCUUCACCGAGCUGUUCAAGGAGCACGCCGUUGCGCCCUUCUUCGUCUUCCAGAUUUUCUGUGUUGGUCUCUGGAUGCUCGACGAGUACUGGUACUACUCGCUCUUCACUCUCUUCAUGCUCGUCGUUUUCGAAAGCACUGUCGUUUGGCAGAGACAACGUACCCUGACCGAAUUCCGCGGAAUGAGCAUCAAGCCUUACGAUAUCUGGGUGUACAGAGAAAAGAAGUGGAUUGAGGUUCAGAGUGACGCCCUUCUGCCUGGUGAUCUCGUCUCGGUUGGCCGUACCAAGGAAGACAGUGGUGUCGCAUGCGACAUGCUUCUCGUCGAGGGCUCGGCUAUCGUCAACGAGGCCAUGCUUUCCGGAGAAAGUACCCCUGUACUCAAGGAUUCCGUUCAACUCCGUCCCACUGAUGCUCGCAUCGAACCCGAGGGUAUUGACAAGCUUGCUUUCUUAUACGGAGGUACCAAGGUUCUCCAGGUCACACACGGUAAUACUGGCUCGGACGAUUCUGAUAAGAUCCGUCCCGUUGUUUCGGGCGUUCCUGCAGCUCCUGACAAUGGUGCGAUGGCCAUCGUCGUCAGAACCGGUUUCGAGACCAGCCAGGGCAGCCUUGUCCGCACCAUGAUUUACUCUACCGAGCGUGUCUCAGCCAACAACGUUGAAGCUCUUCUCUUCAUCCUCUUCCUUACUGUUUUCGCCAUUGCCGCCUCCUGGUAUGUCUGGACCGAGGGUGUCGCCAAGGACAGAAAACGCUCCAAGCUUCUCCUGGACUGUGUCCUCAUCGUCACCAGUGUCGUUCCCCCCGAGCUGCCCAUGGAGCUGAGCUUGGCUGUCAACACCUCGCUUGCUGCCCUCAGCAAAUAUGCCAUCUUUUGUACAGAACCUUUCCGUAUUCCCUUUGCCGGUCGUGUCGACAUCGCCUGCUUUGACAAGACAGGAACUCUUACUGGAGAGGACCUUGUCGUUGAUGGUGUAGCCGGCCUUACUCUUGGCCAGGAAGGUGCGCCUGCCGAAGCCGAUGGUGCUCAGACUCAACUUGUUCCCCUCAACGAUACUGGCGUUUGCACCACUCUGGUCCUCGCUACUGCCCACGCCCUUGUUAAGCUCGAGGACGGAGAUGUCGUUGGUGAACCUAUGGAAAAGGCUACUCUCGCUUCUCUUGGCUGGACUGUUGGCCGCAACGAUACCCUUACUAGCAAGACUGCUGUCGCCGCAAAGGGUACCGGCCAGUCUGCAGCUGACUUGGUUCAGAUCAAGCGCAGAUUCCAGUUUUCAUCUACUCUCAAGCGUCAGAGCUCUGUCGCUACUGUCGUUACCACUCAACGCGAUUCCGGGAGAAAGACCAGAAGCACCUUUGUCGGUGUCAAGGGAGCUCCCGAGACCAUCAGAAACAUGCUUGUCGAUGUUCCUCCCAAGUACGAGGAGACCUUCAAGUACUUCUCCAGAAACGGUGCCCGUGUUCUUGCCCUUGCCUACAAGUUCAUGUCCACAAGCGAUGAAAUUGGUCAGAACAAGAUCAACGACAUGAAGCGUGAGGAAGCCGAGUGCGACCUCCAGUUUGCUGGUUUCCUUGUCUUGCAAUGCCCCCUCAAGGAUGAUGCUAUCAAAGCUGUCCGCAUGUUGAACGAGAGCAGUCACCGUUGCAUCAUGAUUACCGGUGACAACCCCCUUACAGCUAUUCACGUUGCUAGAAAGGUCGAGAUUGUCGACCGCGAAACUUUGAUUCUUGACGCCCCUGAACACGACAACUCUGGCCAAAAUCUUGUCUGGAGAAGCAUUGACGACAAAAUCAGCAUCCCCGUCAACCCUGCUGAGCCAAUUGAUCCCGAAAUCAUCAAGACCAAGGAUCUUUGUGUUACUGGGUAUGCGCUCUCCAAGUUUACUGGUCAACAGGCUCUGAAGCAGAUUAUUCGACACACCUGGGUCUACGCUCGUGUCUCGCCCAAGCAGAAAGAAGAAAUUCUUCUCGGUCUUAGAGAUGCCGGAUAUGUUACUUUGAUGGCUGGUGACGGUACCAACGAUGUUGGUGCGCUCAAGCAAGCCCAUAUCGGUGUUGCUCUCCUCAACGGAACCGAGGAUGAUCUCAAGAAGAUUGCCCAGAACUUCAGAGAGACCAAGAUGAAGGAUGUCUAUGAAAAGCAGUGUGCUAUGAUGAAGCGCUUCAACCAGCCUUCUCCUCCUGUCCCUGUCCACAUCGCUCACCUUUACCCUCCCGGUCCUACCAACCCUCACUACGAGAAGGCUAUUGAGCGUGAAGCUGCCAACAAGGGUACCACUAGCGAAGUCCUCAAGGCUGUCACCGAAGCCAAGCACAAGGCUGAGGUUGCUACUGCUACCGCCAAGGACGGUGAGACUGGUUCAAGCGCUCCCCUUACCGUCCAGGAAGAGCGCAGAAAGAAGGCUCAGAAUGCUGCAAGUGCCAUGGCUGAGAAGAUGUCAAUCUCUAUGAUGGAAGACGCUCUCACCGAUGAUGAACCUCCUACUAUCAAACUCGGUGACGCCUCGGUCGCUGCUCCUUUCACCAGUAAGCUUGCCAACGUCAUUGCCAUCCCCAACAUCAUCCGUCAGGGUCGCUGCACUCUCGUUGCCACUAUUCAGAUGUACAAGAUCUUGGCUUUGAACUGUUUGAUCUCAGCCUACAGUUUGAGUGUCUUGUACCUUGACGGAAUCAAGUUUGGCGAUGGUCAAGUCACUAUCAGCGGUAUGCUCAUGAGUGUCUGCUUCCUCUCCAUCUCUCGUGCUAAGACGGUUGAAACUCUUUCUAAGGAAAGACCCCAACCUAAUAUCUUCAACCCUUACAUCAUCGGCUCCGUUCUUGGACAAUUCGCUGUCCACAUUGUCACCCUGAUCUACAUUUCUCGUUACGUGCAACGCACUGAGCCCAAGAAAUCUGACAUCGAUCUUGAGGGUGAAUUCGAACCUUCGCUCCUUAACUCUGCCAUCUACCUUUUGCAGCUUAUCCAGCAAAUCUCCACGUUUGCCAUCAACUACCAAGGUCGUCCCUUCCGCGAGUCCAUCAAGGAGAACAAGGGUAUGUACUAUGGUAUCGUCAUGGUCACUGGUGUCGCUUUCUCCUGUGCCACCGAGUUCAUCCCUGAGAUCAACGAACAACUGAAGCUUGUCCCAUUUACCACCGAAUUCAAGAUCACCAUGACCACCAUCAUGAUUCUCGAUUACUGUGGUUGCUGGAUCAUUGAAAAGGUGCUCAAGCAAAUGUUCAGCGACUUCCGACCCAAGGAUAUCGCCGAGAGACGUCCUGACCAGCUUGCCAUUGAAUUCUCUCGUAAGAAGGAGGAAGAGGAGAAGAUUGAAGCUGAGAAGAUUGCAGCGCUUGAGAAGCAGCUUGGCAAGGCAUAGACGAAUCGAAAGUUAGAUGGCAGAUUUUGUACAAAUACAGGUGUAGGAAGUUUUAGAUGCAUACCUUUACAAAAGAAUUAUUGUUCACCUUACCGGA